GCACGCAAUAAAGAACAAGAAGCUGAAGUUUUGGAGUGGAUCGAAGCUGUUCUUGGCGAAAAAUUACCCAAGGGAGAUUACGAGGACAUUUUGAAGGACGGAGUUAUUCUUUGCCAGUUGAUAAACAAACUUGCACCUGGUUCUGUUAAGAAAAUCCAAACCAAGGGUACUAAUUUCCAAUUGAUGGAAAAUGUCCAAAGGUUUCAAGCAGCGAUUAAAAAUUAUGGAGUUCCACAAGAAGAAAUUUUCCAGACUGCAGAUUUAUUUGAGAGACGUAACAUCCCUCAAGUAACUUUGUGUCUUUACUCUCUUGGAAGAAUGACACAAAAACACCCUGAGUACAAUGGGCCAAGAUUAGGGCCAAAAAUGGCCGAGAAAAAUGAAAGAACAUUCACAGAAGAUCAACUGAGAGCCAGUGAAGGUCAAUUGAACCUUCAAAUGGGUUUCAACAAAGGUGCAAGUCAAUCUGGUCACGGAGGAUUCGGAAAUACAAGACACAUGUAA